AUGCAUUUCAAAUUGCAGACUAUAUAUGAGAAUGUUGAUACUGUGAAUAAUAUACAGGAUCAACUACAAACUAAUAGUAAUAAUCUAAAUUUACUAUGUCCUGUUAACAGAAAUUUCAUGUUAGCUAUAAAUGAUGAUGAAAUUCCAAUGUUGCGAGAUUAUCAUGACAAGAUGGUUCAUCAGAUGGAAGUGAAAAAAACUAUUCUCGAAGAUGGUGCUGUAGUUAAAGAGGCAGGUGAAGUUAAAGAAGAGGAUAGCGUCGAGAAAAUGUGUAAAGUUUUUAAUGAUGAUAAUAGUGUUGAUAAGAAUAUGGCUGAUAUAGUAGCAAGUAAUGAGGAAUAUUAUCACAUUCUCAACAGAAACAGGAAGAUAAAUGUGACAAUAUUCCAAUACUGGACAAUGGUGAAGAUAUGA